GGUUAUCGGUCUGUGGCGCUCAGCACAGGCCGAGAGACUGCGCGCAGCUUGCGGACUCGGGCGCCGGGACGAGCCGCCGCGUCCUCGCCUUCGAUCCGCUUUGACGACUUGACACGGUGAAAACAAAAGAAAGAAAGAAACGGGGAAAAAGUGGAGCAUCCGAGCCUCCGUUAUGGGGUGCGUGCACGUUCUCAUGUGCUUUUCACUCAGUCAACUUUUGCUGGAGCUUUCUCUUGCUGCAGGGAAAUUUGAUCCGGAGAAAGGUGCAAAUACACUGGAGCCGUCCUUUGCUGCUGGGGCACAUGAAAAACUUUCCGGCAAGUUACGAGACUACGGCCUCAUGGUGCCGUUCAGCACAGACGCCCAUGGCCGCUUCAAGUCUCACGUGCUGUCCAUGGAUGAGGAAGGAAGGAGGAGGAGGACGAAGACCCGCAGGGUGGCCCGCGACGCCCCCGAGGCGCCCUCCUCAGGUUCCGAAUUCUUAUUCUUCAAUGUCACCAUCUUCGGCAAAGAGCUGCACCUGAGGCUGAGGGCCAACCGGAAGCUGGUGGCCCCCGGGGCCUCGCUGGAGUGGCAGGAGGACUUUGAGGCCGAGGCCGAGGAACACCUGCACGGCGACUGCGUGUUCACCGGCGACGUGAGUGACAUGCCGCACGCCACCGUGGCCAUCAGCAACUGCGACGGACUGGCAGGCCUGAUUCGCACAGAGAGUGGCGAGUUCUUCAUUGAACCCCUCGAGAAGGGCCGGCAGGACGUGGAGGUGAAGGGCCGCGUGCACGUGGUGUACCGCCACUCGGCCGUCAAGCGCGGCGACGAGGUCCACAAUGAAGUGUCCGACUACGGCAUCGCCGACCUCCCGGCCGCCGUGGACCUGCUCCGGCGCCAAGUGUCCGAGCCGGAACGCAAGCGGCGCCACGCCAAGAAGGACGACUACAACAUGGAGGUCCUCCUCGCCGUGGACGACUCGGUGGUGCGAUUCCACGGCAAAGAGCACGUCCAGAACUACGUGUUGACCCUCAUGAACAUCGUUGAUGAAAUCUACCACGACGAGUCGUUGGGAGCCAACAUCAACAUCGUCCUGGUGCGCAUGAUCAUGGUCGGCUAUCGACAGUCCAUCAACCUGAUUGAGCGCGGCAACCCAUCGCGCAGCCUGGAGCAGGUGUGCCGCUGGGCCAACACGCAGCAGCGCGCCGACCCCGAUCACACCGAUUACCACGAUCACGCCAUCUUCCUCACCAGGCAAGAUUUUGGCCCCGCAGGUAUGCAAGGUUACGCCCCGGUGACCGGCAUGUGCCACCCGCUGAGGAGUUGCACCCUCAACCACGAGGACGGCUUCUCCUCCGCCUUUGUGGUCGCCCACGAGACGGGACAUGUGCUGGGUAUGGAACACGACGGGCAGGGCAACCGAUGCGCCGACGAGACCAGCAUGGGAAGCAUCAUGGCUCCGCUGGUCCAGGCCGCCUUCCACCGCUACCACUGGUCGCGCUGCAGCAAGCAGGAGCUCAGUCGCUACAUCCACUCGUACGACUGCUUGCUGGACGAUCCCUUUGAGCACAAGUGGCCCAAACUUCCCGAGCUGCCCGGGAUCAAUUAUUCCAUGGACGAGCAGUGCCGCUUUGACUUUGGCGUGGGUUACAAGAUGUGCACGGCUGUAAGUACGACAAACGGGCCCGCCCACAAUCAUGCGCCUUUUCGGGUGCAAACUCGCACCCAGCGCUGCUUUGUCCUGCAGUUUCGCACGUACGACCCCUGCAAGCAGCUGUGGUGCAGCCACCCGGACAACCAGUACUUCUGCAAAACCAAAAAAGGCCCACCGGUGGAUGGAACGGAAUGCGGGCCGGGAAAGUGGUGCUUCAAAGGCCACUGCAUUUGGAGGUCCAGCCAGGAGGAGCCUCAAGGCCACGACGGCAGCUGGAGCUCGUGGUCCAAGUUCGGCUCGUGUUCGCGGACGUGCGGGGGCGGCGUUCGCUCCCGCACCAGGCAGUGCAACGACCCCCCGCCGGCCUACGGCGGUCGCGAAUGUCCCGGCUCCGACUUAGACUACCAGAUGUGCAACAUGGAGGAGUGCGCCGGCCCCUACGAGGACUUCCGCGCUCAGCAGUGCCUCCAGAGGAGCAACAAGUAUCACAACAACAUGAAGCACACCUGGCUGCCUCACGAGCACGCGGACGAGAGUCGCAAGUGCGAGCUGAGCUGCAGGUCCAAGGAAACGGGCGAGGUGGUCUUCAUGAAUCAGGUGAUGCACGACGGAACCCGCUGCAGCUACGCGGACCACUUCAGCGUGUGCGCGCGCGGCGAAUGUCUGCACGUGGGCUGCGACAAGGAGGUGGGCUCUUACAAGGAGGAGGACAAAUGCGGCGUGUGCGAGGGCGACAACUCGCACUGUCGCACCGUCAAGCAGUCGCUCACUAAGACGCCCAAAAAGAACGGAAUGCUGAAAAUGUUCGACAUCCCAGUGGGCGCCCGGCACAUCGUCAUUGAGAAGAACGACACCUCGCCUCAUGUCAUCGCGGUGAAGAAUCAAGUGUCCGGCAACUUCAUCCUCAACGCAAAAAGCGAAGACGCCGAGUCCAAAACCUUCAUCGAGAACGGUUUGCAGUGGGAGUACACCCUGGAGGACGGCAAAGAGGCCCUGCGGACGUCCGGUCCGCUAUAUGAAGGCAUCUUAGUGCUUGUGAUUCCGCGGGAAGAGGAAGCCAAGAUAAGCUUGACGUACAAGUACAUCAUCCACGAGGACCUUCUGCCUCUCAUCACUAACAACAACGUGCUUCUGGCCGAGUUGGAUUCGUACGAGUGGGCGCUGAAGAGCUGGUCGCAGUGCUCCAAACCUUGCAGCGGAGGCAUCCAGUACACCAAAUAUGGCUGCAGGAGGAAGAGCGACAGCCGUUUGGUGCAUCGCAACUUCUGCGAUGGCAACAAGAAGCCCAAACCCAUCCGCAAACGCUGCAACGUCCAGGAGUGCAGCCAGCCCGCGUGGGUGGUGGACGAGUGGAGCGCCUGCAGCAAGACGUGCGGGAAGCAAAGCUACCAGACCAGGGCGGUGCAGUGCAUGCAGGCGCUGCACAACGGCACCAACCGCUCCGUCCACAGCAAACACUGCACCCGGGAACGGCCCGUGCCCAAGCGGGCCUGCAACCACACGGCAUGCCCCGCCCAGUGGAGGACAGGGGCCUGGUCGCAGUGCUCGGUGACCUGCGGCGAAGGCAUCCAGCAAAGGCAAGUGGUGUGCAAGGCCAGCGACAACACCGUGGGACAAUGCCAGGGCAACAAACCCGAGAUGGUGCUCCUCUGCAAGCCCGCGGAUCCUUGUCCGGGACAACCGACGCCCCCUUUUGGCUUGGAGAAUGUGACCAUCAAAGAUGAAGCCUUGCACCAAACGGUGUCUGGCCACCCGGUGCUUCAAGUCAUGUCAAAUGAGGCAUGCCAGGGGGAUAAAUCCAUCUUCUGUCAAAUGGAGGUUCUCGCCCGCUACUGCUCCAUCCCUGGAUACAACAAGCUUUGUUGCGAGUCGUGCAACAAGAACGUGGCCACGCCCCCUCCCAACCUCUCCAACGCCACCAAGACCUCGAUGGAAGCCGGGUCCUCCGGCGAUUCUCUCGUGGCCUCCCCCAAGCCUCCGAGACCCACUUCUGCUCAGAAUCUGGCACAAACCACUAAAGGCAUCAACAGGCGGACGCGGUCCACCGCCCCGACGGCCACGGGCGGCGCCGCCCACUCGGGGCCUCUUCUACCUCCUGGCAAAGCAUCACCCGAGGAGCGCAGCCCCAACAGCACUUUACACCCACUCGCUGCAAAGUCAAGAAGGGACCGUUAAGGAUCCGAGUGGGACUCCAUCCACAGAUGAAGAGCUGAGGGGUGACCUCGCGGUGGCGUGACAUCAUCUCCAACAAUGCGGCAUUUGAAAGACUGUGUUUUUCUUUUGUUUUUAACAAGGAUUUUUCUCUGGACCUGUGACGGUUACCUCAUCCAACCUCCAAAGAGUGACUGACGUACGGGCGCUCUGUCCUCGGUGCUGUCCAAGCGAGGUGCGUUGAAAAUGUGACGACUGCGUUGUUUCCUUUGUGUUUGCAAACGUGUACAGGUGUUUGAACCCCACAUGUAGAAGGACUACUGGUGAACACAUGGAGUCUCACGUCUGGAAUGAUGGAGCAAGCAAAAACUGAUGUUUUCAUCUUUGCUCCUUCAAACCGAUCAAAGGUCCCACAUGACACUGCUAAAGUGCCCACUUUACCUUCUGCACUGGACCGCUAGCAUGCCGACGAGACCUCAUACUUUGACGCUAGAUUGCAGGAAAGGUGACUCGACUCGAUAUGUGCUGAAUGAGACCCAAUAAUUCAACUGACUAGUCUGCAAGACUGCCAACCUGACUUGGAACUUAAACAUCGGACUGCUAGAGUGCCGACUAGACCUAAACCUUCCGCUUGAGUUUGUGGAUCGCUCUUGAGACCUCGAGUGUCCACACAAGACAAUAACGAUAACCCUCUUGACCAGACUGCCAAGGGUGCUCAUUAGACCUUCCACAUCAGAGUUCUGAAUGACUAGACCGACUGCUAGAGUAACAACCAGGCCUCUGAACUUGACCUCCAACCUCUCCAAGACGGAGACCUUCCGCAUUUAGACUGCUAGAGUGGUGACUACAGGGUGUCCACAAAGUCUGGCUCCAGAGGAGAUUGGAGUGGCCCCCUUGGUUCAAGCAGAUUUUUCCUCCCCUUCUUUUUGUGGGGUAUACGCAAAAGGAGCAGGUAUACUUGUUGACAGAUUCGAAUCCUUUCAGGGACCGCGGUUACUACAGUGGACAGUUGAUGUAAUUGGGAUUACAGGGUACAUGAAAAGGGUUAAGACAAUGCGGACAUCCGUGCAUUUCACAAAACGCAUCAAAUUAUGCAUUGAAAAUUGCAUCUAAUUGCAUUUUGACGUUUUGUUUUUUUUCCCUGACCAUGUGCCCAGACUUUAUGGACACCCUGUAGACUUCCCGCAAUGGACUGCUCGAGUGCUAACUAAACCUACAACUUCCUCACUCUGGUGCGAGUGUGCCGACAAGAACUAGAGCUUCUGCGCGUGACUGCUCGAGUGGCACCUCGACGUUGCUCGCCACCGGGCUAUGUGAAGGCAAACUGUGGUGCUGCUGAAUUGGUUAGCAAGUCCAUGUUGAUGCAGCCAUCUGUAUCCUUGCUGAUAGGUGAAGCGUGAUGGCUUCUUGUUCGCUUGCGCUUCAACACCAACAGGGGAAACCAAAAUAUUUCCAAAACAGUACCAUAGGAUAUUUUUGUUUGAGGUAACGUUUUGUGCGAAUGUAAAUAGUCUGAAUGAGCCUGCCGGGGUAACAAAACAGAAAUGAUGCAAAAGGUGUAUGUUGCAUUGUGUGUGUGUGUGUGUUGGCUUUUUGUGUUUUCUGUACAUACAAAGAGCUUGAAAGGUGAAUAUUUAUUGAUGAGAUUUUACAUGCCACCCACAACAGUAAAAAGCUGCGGGGAAAACAAAAACGAGAUUCUUUUGAUUUGUGUUGUGGUGUUGAGAUGCGACCAACCCAAAUUUAAAAUACAAACCCGAGUAUGCCACCUUCGUUGGAAAAUAUAACGGCAGUUUGAAACCUUGCUUUGAAGCCCAAACCCUAAUUAGAAUACCGACUUUAAAACGCUAACUCAAGUUGGAAACCUUAACACAAGUUUGAACCUUACUUU